AUGAGCAACCCUGAUGACAGACCUAAGCCCGAGGAGCCUGACCAAAGAAGGGAUAAAUCACCUUCUCGUCAAGCCGGAGAAGACCAAGCCCACGGAAAGCAACCCGCUACUCCCCCUCGCCAUACCGAGUUCAAUUCUUCCACUCUCAAUGAGGCUCUCAACUCCUUCUCUGAUGCCUUGGAUAAAGACAGUAAAGAACAAGGCCAUGACCAGCCUUUUACUCCUGCCCCUGGUUUAGUUCACGACCCUGCUAAUGCGGCUACUUUUAGACAUGGUUCAGCCAAAAAUCGUGGCACCGAAAAAAAUCCCAUUAAAGGUUUUCAAAGAUUAGUUAAAGAUACUGAGCCAGCCAAAGAAGGAGAAACUGAAUUGUUAAUUAAUGGUUUUCGAAAAGAAGAUAAACGGGCUGAUAAAUAUGAGGAUGAAACCCAUUUUAUUGGCGUAUUGAGAGCCAAGGGAUUAAUGACCCGAGAAGCAGGUUUAUAUCGCAGUAUUGCGGAUGACGACACCUCCACCAUCAACCCCAACAACGGCUUCUCCCACUAUCUAAUUUUCUCCAAUUACACCACCUCCCAAAUCCAAGAAUUAAUUAAAAAACACCACCUCAAAACCCUCGCCCAACUAGUCGGCUAUCUAAAAGGCACCUUAGUCCGCUUAGGCCCCGACGCCUUAGAACUAAUUGACAGCCAAACCCCUAACCAAAAAGGCCGCUCCCAGGAUGAAACCCCCCACAGCCGAGAUAAAAACCGCCAAGAACCCACCGACCAAGAUUUAAAAGAUAUAGGCUUAACUAAGGAAGAAUUUGAGGCCUUAAAUACCGCCUUCACUGACCCCGCCACAAUUGCUAACCUUAUCAAAAAAAUUGCCUCCUCCGAUAACCCCCAAAAGGUCGCCCAAAUGCUCAAUCGGAUGUUCAAACAUCUCCAAGAAAAAACCUGCGAUAACAUGUUUAAGCAAAUGACCAAGCCAAAGGCAGGAGGGAAAAGAAAAGAGUGUGGGAAAUCCUCACCUCCCACCAAGCUGCCCGGGAAGCCCACGCCAAAAAAGAUAAAAAAGAAAAAGAUAAAAUUUUCGAAGAACAAGUUAACCAAAAUCCCCGUUAUGGUCCUCCGGGGGAAGACACCCAAGACCGUCGCAACCGUUUCAUCGAAUACGCCCGGACUAGAGGAGAAGCAAGAGAAAGAAUACAAACCGAAGAAAACCAACGCUUUACCACCGGUGAAAACGCUAACCAAUGAGGCAACUACUUCCAAGAUAACGCCAACCGCGAAGCUGGAGCCGGAGAUGAAACCGUCGGCACCGAAAGCGAUAACCAUUUUAGCGGUCAAUUCUCCUUCACCGAUAGCCUCACCGCCAUCAACAAACUCAAAAACCUAG